UUUGACCUCCGCCGCCGCCAACCGCCGCCUCAGCUUGCGCCGCCGCCGCCGCCGCGCACGCCAUGGGAGCCGUGACUGACGACGAAGCCAUACGGAAGCGUCUCCUAAUCGAUGGAGAUGGUGCUGGAGAUGAUCGGAGAAUUAAUCUGCUGGUGAAAAGUUUCAUUAAAUGGUGCAACUCAGGAUCUCAGGAAGAGGGAUACAGCCAGUACCAACGUAUGCUGAGCACACUGUCCCAAUGUGAAUUUUCAAUGGGCAAAACUUUGCUGGUAUAUGAUAUGAAUCUCAGAGAAAUGGAAAAUUAUGAAAAAAUUUACAAAGAGAUAGAAUGUAGCAUUGCUGGAGCCCAUGAAAAAAUUGCAGAGUGCAAGAAGCAAAUUCUUCAAGCAAAACGAAUACGAAAAAACCGGCAAGAAUAUGAUGCACUGGCAAAAGUGAUCCAGCAUCAUCCAGACAGGCAUGAGACAUUAAAAGAACUAGAGGCUCUGGGAAAAGAAUUAGAACAUCUUUCACAUAUUAAAGAAAGUGUUGAAGAUAAGCUGGAAUUGAGAAGGAAACAGUUUCAUGUUCUUCUUAGUACCAUCCAUGAACUUCAGCAAACACUGGAAAAUGAUGAAAAGCUCUCAGAGGUAGAAGAAGCUCAAGAAGCAAGCAUGGAGACUGAUCCUAAACCAUAGCCCAAGGAAUCACUCUCCAUUCCCAAGAAUGUUGAAGUAGCAGCGUGAUCUCAGUGUGUUUAGAAUCUGUUGUGCUCUCGAGAUAUGUAAAGUUUUGGCAGUGAACUAUUUUGCCUUUAAAUGUUAAUGCAGAGUUCAUUCAUAUUUCUUCACACAAAGGAAGAUGACUUCAUUAUAUAUUUGUUUUUACUGAAAUGUCUUUUUUGUAUUUAAAAGGUGGGAAGCAACAUCCAAAAUAAAUGUUGAAUAAAAUGUU